AUGUAUCCACUAACGUUUAUUAUCAAGAUUGAUGCUUUCAGCAGCCAAGAUGGCUACACAGGUGCGUACGCCAUUCAUCAGAAGGAGCAACUCAUUGAAGCAAGUUUGAAGAAGGCUAAUAAUGAUUGCUGUUCCAUGGAUCCUAUCUCUGCCGAUGAGUUUGCUGCUAUACUUGGCGUUGUAACCAAACUUGUGCCUGAUGUUGUCAAAGUCUUAGGUAGCAUUGUUAGCAAGAAGCUUGAAUUUAACAACCUUGCUCUUGCCACUGCUUUGUUGAAGAAGGAUAUCAAGACAAUCAACACUUUAACAACAUCUUUGACGACAUGUUUGUCGAGCAAGGUAUCUAUUCUCGAUAGUGUAAUAGGAACCGCUCUAAAAAAAAAGAGCUUGAUAUAG